GGGACAAAGGUUUUGUUCUUCUCCCAACAGUGCAGCCUUGUGCGGCCGCGGGCAGCGGCGACAGGCGGCAGCCAGCGCGGCCCCGUGCUCCCACGCCACGGCGCAGGGGGGGAGUUUCUCCUCCUUUGUCUGCUCCCGGCCAGGCAGCAGCCGGUGCGCGGCAGCGCCGGAGCAGCCGGGGAAGGGCCUCGGCAGGAGCCGCGGAGGACGGCGGCCGCGAUCCCCUCUGUCCCGGCACAGACACCGGCCCGGCCUCGCCGCGCUGGGAACGAGCGGCGAUCCCGGGGGAGCCAAGCUCUUCAUGACGAGAACCCCACCAGGCAGCGGGGACGGCAGCUGCGCCCGGGGACGGGGAGGACGGCAGCAUUGGGGACAAGGACACUCGCGUCCCGUCCCCACCCCCGGCGCCCGCCGUCGGCCAUGGGGAACGGCAUGAGCCAGAUCCUUCCGGGCCUCUACCUAGGGAACUUCGUUGAUGCCAAAGAUGUGGAGCAGCUCAGCCGGAACAAGAUCACCCACAUCGUUUCUAUCCAUGAAUCCCCCCAGCCCUUGCUGAAGGACAUUACCUACCUCCGCAUCCCCCUGCCUGACACCCCUGAAGCCAACAUCAAGAGACACUUCAAGGAGUGCAUCAGUUUUAUCCAUCAGUGUCGCCUGCAUGGAGGGAACUGCCUCGUCCACUGCCUCGCUGGCAUUUCCCGCAGUACCACCGUGGUCGUUGCCUAUGUCAUGGUUGUCACGGAGCUGAGCUGCCAGGAGGUGUUGGAUGCCAUCAGAACCAUCCGGCCAGUCGCCAACCCCAACCCCGGCUUCAGGCAGCAGCUGUCCGAGUUCGGCGGCAGCGCAGCCCGCAAGGUCCGCAGGCACCUGAAGCAGAGGUAUGGGACAUCCCCUUUCAAUGACGAGGAAGAAAUAAAGGCCUUGCUGCCAGUAGGGAGAGAAGGAACAUCCAGGACAGAGGGAGCUGUGCAAGGACUGGUCCCCAGAGCCAGAGACAUGAGGAGCACAAGUCCCUUCCUGCUGCGGGUGAAGAGGACGUUCUCCUGCAUCCCGGCUUGUCUGAAUAAUAAAUACCCUUCUCUGUGGUCUGACUCUCCUGUGAUGGCUGGGGAUGCCAAGGGGGAAGUGGAGCAGAGAAAAAAAUUUAAGACCCGUCCUCCCCCACCCCGCGCCUUGGGGCAACCAGAACCCUCUGGCGUGGGCCAGGAAAGAGAAAGUGAAAGCGGGAGCCGCUUUCGGUUUCGCCGCCGGGCCGCGAUGGCGGAGCUGGGGGCGCCCAUGCGGCUGAAGGAGUGGCUGAUCGCACAGAUCGACAGCGGCCGGUACCCGGGGCUGCGCUGGGAGAACCGGCACCGAACGCUCUUCCGCAUCCCCUGGAAGCACGCGGCCAAGCAGGAUUACCGGCAACAGGAGGAUGCCGCGCUCUUCAAGGCUUGGGCCAUCUACAAGGGGAAGUACCACGAAGGGACGGACAAGGCCGACCCCUCCACCUGGAAGACGCGGCUGCGCUGCGCCCUCAACAAGAGCACCGACUUCCAGGAGGUGCCCGAGCGGAGCCAGCUGGACAUCUCCGAGCCUUACAAGGUGUACCAGAUCGUGACUGACAGAGCCUGUGAUGCAGAGGACAGUGACACACAGUCCCCAGGCAGUGAGGACCAGCAGGGCAGUGCUGCAGGGAGUCCGAAGAAGGAGGAAAGCCAGAAGGACGUGCUGGAGAGUGCCCACGUGUCUCCACAGCUCCGGCUCUCUGGCCACCCAACCGAGCGAGGGUACCUUGUGAGGGGAGUCUUCUAUGGCUGGAACCCAACCCACGGCCAGUUUCUUCCUGGACCCCAGUCCUACCUCCCUGUGGAGGACGUCAACAAUUCAGACUGCUGGCUCCACAUCCGCCUGUACUACUGCGAUGUCCUGGUGAAGGAGGUGACCACCCGCACGGCCGAGGGCUGCCGCAUCACCACCACUGCCGUGCCGGCCAACGGCGAGCACCUCUACGGCCCCUCCUGCAUGGAGCAGAUAAAGUUCCCCCCACCACAGGUGCUCAGUGGCCAUGGCCACGUGGCCUGCAUGACCGACGUGCUGGAGAGGCUUUUGCCCCACCUGGAGCGCGGGGUGUUGCUGUGGGUGGCACCUGAGGGGGUCUUCAUGAAGCGCCAGUGCCAGGGCAGGGUGUACUGGAACGGGCCACUGGCCCCGCACAAGAACUGGCCCAACAAGCUGGAGAGGGAGAAGACUUACAAGCUGCUGGACACGCAGCAGUACAUACAGCAGGUGCGGGAGUACCUGAGCAACGGGCAGCUCAUGCCUCAGUACCAGAUCUACCUGUGCUUCGGGGAGGAAUACCCCACCAGAGCUGGGCACCCCUUCCAGAAGCUCAUCAUGGCUCACGUGGAGCCGGUGUUCGCACGGGAGCUCUUCCAUCACGCCCAGCGCUUGAGGCCGACGCUGCUCUGCAAUUCCCCCCAGCCCUGUGCCCCUGGCACCUCCAACCACAUUCUCCAUUUCCUCAAACAGCUAUGCCAGCCCUGAACCGAGUGGGAGAGGAGAGCCCAGUUGCCGUAAAGUCUCAGAGUGGGAGGCUCUGAGCUCCAUAGCCCCACUCCAGCUGCAUGUCCCAAGGCAGAGUGCUUAGGGUGCACGGUGUGCGGGACCAGACAAGGACAGAUGUUAGUUGGGGUGGGCAGGUGCUGCUGCCCCUGUGAUUGCUGUAUUUAUUCCCCAGGAAUCCCCCAGGUGGGAUUUGUUGCGUGCCUGUUCAGCAAGCCAGGGCAGACCUGGCUCUGUCCUUGCACCUUGCGCUGCCAGGACUCGGCGUUGCAAACCUUAGAAAUAAAGGUGGUGUUUUCAUAUCAGUGUGGGGGGCUGGUGCUGGUCCGAGUGGGGCACAAGUGGCUGGAGAAGAUGAGUCCAGACAGAGCCUAAUGUGGGCAAAGCCAGCACGGCCCCAGCCACAGGGAAACAGUGUGAGACAACUCCCUGCCCCAGCACUGGCUCCAGACCUGUCCUGCCCCUUGUCCCAGCCCCUUGGCAGGGGUGAAAGCAGAAGUGAGGUUCCUCUUAGCUGCUCUGCUGGCCUGGCAACACAGGAGGCUGUCCCAAAGGCAGUCACUACCUGUGCCUCAGUUUACGCUCAUGAGUGGUGUGAUGGGGCUCCUGGGGCCUGUGCUGCGCCCAGAGUUUUGGGAGCAAUGCAGGGACCU